AUGGGCAGCAUCAAACCUAAGACAGCCAACCAACCGCCGGUCAGCCCUGCACUCCUAUUGGCUGUCUCGCUGGCCAUAUGGACAGUUUUUCCCCUCUUCAACUUCUCUCGUUCCCCUUCUCCACCCUGUCCUACCCUCCCAGGCCAGGCCUGGCACAUGCCCUGCCUUUCAAGGCCUUGGUCUGAAAUUGGUGCUGGACCAACCAUGCUGCCAAGACGCCAAAACGCCAACCGUCAACCAGCAAUCUCUCAGCCGAGCAAACUGUUUACCGUCUUGUCCGGUUGGAGGCCAUUCUGCUGCUGA